AGCAAACCUCAACAAGAGUUUUUGAUUUAUAAACCCCGCCCCUAACAGUCGAACUCUCAAAAAGCUCCAGCAAUGCUUCUAGCUUUAGCUCUCCUCUGCUCUGUCAUUACAUUUUAUGGUUCAAAAACCGAAUUAUCACCCCUGCCAGCAACAAAUAGCUAAAAGCAGAGAGUGAUGGGAGAUGUCUACAAUAACGAAACCAACAACAUUAAUAACACCUGCUCAGCUUCCUCUUCUUCUCGUCAUUACCACCGUUCAACAGACGAUAUCUCACUUUUCCUCCAUCAAAUUCUUCCCCGUUCACCUUCAUCAACGUCUUCUUCCUCAUUUGUAGGCCCACAGACGCUGCAGCCAUUUUCAGUGCCAGCCCCCUUUGAUGAUCCUCUUCGAUCGGGAGUGAUCUUAGGUGUGGGCUCGAGUGGUGGAGGUGGUGGUGCUCUUUGGUCUGGGAAUGUGAGAACGAGACUGAUCAUGAGUGAGAACGAGACUGAUCAUGAGUGUGAUUGUGAAAGCGAGGAGGGUUUGGAAGCUUUAAUAGAUGAGAUAUCAGCCAAGCCAGCUCCUCCACGAAACUCAAAGAGAACAAGAGCUGCAGAAGUUCAUAAUUUGUCUGAAAAGAGGAGGAGGAGCAGGAUCAAUGAGAAAAUGAAGGCACUGCAAAAUUUGAUUCCAAAUUCCAGCAAGACAGAUAAGGCUUCAAUGCUGGAUGAAGCUAUUGAGUAUCUCAAGCUGCUCCAGCUCCAAGUACAGAUGCUAUCAAUGAGAAAUGGAACAAGUUUGCAUCCAAUGUUUUUACCUGGUGUACUGCAGCCAUCACAACUCUCUCAGGUGAGAAUGGGAUUCGAUGAAGAAAUUGGAUCCAAGCAUAUGAAUAUGACAACCUCCGUUCCUUUGGAUGGAGAAGCUCGGCUACAGACCAUGCUCACUCUUCCAGACCAUUGCACUUCUUCAAACCAGGCAUCAAAUCCAGUACAUUCUGAAACCUCAUCUGGUUUCCAAUCAACUAUCCAGGCUCAUUUCAGCCCCUUUCCACUUCGUGUCUCUUCUGAGGAAACUUGGAGGAAAGACAUUUUACCAGGUCAGCAAUUGAAUGUAAGUCAUGCUGAAAGGAGCCCAUCAGAAUUUGAGUUGGCAGCCGCAGUUACAACUUCACUUCCCUUUGGGAUACAAGCAUGUGACUUGAAGGACAGUAUCUCUCUAGAAGCUUGCGUGAUAGGAAGAGACCAGAAUGAAGGCGUGUGCUUGGAGAAUAUGGAGCACAAUCUUAUACUUUCUCAAGAUCUGAAUAGGUUUGAUAAAUUCAUUUUCAUUUAGCUCUUGCAUUCAUGUCUUAAUUUGACUUGGCAUGCUAUAUAUAUAUAUACACCAUCACUCGAACAGGAAGAGGCGCGGGCAAUCAUGAAAUAGAGAUAGAAAAACUAGAUAUUUGAAGCAUGUCAGGCUGAUUUUACUGGCUAACUGUUGGGAUUUGGCGUAGCUAGAUUUCCUUGAGCAAAUAUUUUAUGUUUGUUUAUGUUAUCGUGAAGGGCCUCCACCAGAAGAUAGGCAUCCUAGACGUGCUUCUAGCUGCAACUAAACAGAGAACUUGUUAGCAUUUUGCUUUAGCUGGUAUAUUAAUGAAAACGAUGAUAAGGAUUUGUGAAAUAUAUAUAUUAACUAAUGUUUUUUCUUAA